ACAAUGGCUGAAGCUGCUGCUGCUGCCCUCGUCAAAGUCAUUUUUGAGAAGCUAGCCGAUGAAGCCUUCAAGAAAUAUGCUCGUUCCCAGAAUAUUCACUCAGAGCUCAAGCAACUGGGGAGCACGUUGUCCCAGAUCCAAGCUCUGCUUAACGAUGCUUCAGACAAGGAAAUAACUGAUGAAUCUGUCAGACUAUGGCUCAAUAGUCUCCAACAUUUGGCUUACGAUAUCGAUGACGUGCUCGAUGAUGUGGCUACUGAAGCUAUGCAUCGUGAGCUGACCCCGGAAUCAGAAGCAAGCACCAGUAUGGUAAGAAAGCUCAUCCCAACUUGCUGCACAAAGUUCUCACUAAGUCAUAGGCUGAGUCCCAAGUUAGACAGUAUUACCACCCGGUUACGAUAUUUAGAAAAACAAAAGGCUGAUCUAGGUUUGAUUGUGAAAGAGGAAAAGCCAAAAAAUACUAGUAGAAGAAACGAAACCUCUUUGCUAGAAUCUAAUGUUGUUGGGCGAGAAGGUGAGAAAAAGAGAUUGCUCAACCAGCUGUUAGUAGGUGAAUCAUCUAAGGAAAAGUUUAGUAUCUUACCCAUAGUUGGUUUGGGUGGAGUGGGAAAGACCACUCUGGCUAGAAUAUUGUAUAACGAUACGCGGGUGAAGGAUCACUUUGAACUCAUGGCUUGGGUUUGUGUUUCCGAUGAGUUUGAUGUAUUCAAAAUAAGUGAAACCAUCUUUGAAUGUGUGGCUACAGAAAACAAACAGUUCAAAGAUGUAAAUCAGCUUCAAAUUGCUCUUAGAGAGCAAUUUAAGGACAAACGAUUUCUACUAGUACUUGAUGAUGUGUGGAAUCAAAACUAUGAUGAUUGGGAAAUACUAGUGCGUCCAUUUCAUUCUGGGGCUGCUGGAAGUAGGGUAAUUAUGACAACGCACCAGCAGGAUCUGCUAAAAAAGAUAGGCUUUAAUCAUGUAGACAAUCUCGAGAGUUUGUCGCAUGAAGAUGCUUUGUCUUUGUUAGCUCUACAUGCAUUAGAUGUAGAUAACUUUGAUUCGCAUGAAACACUUAAACCACAAGCUAAAGGUAUCGUGAAAAAGUGUGGUGCUUUGCCUUUAGCUUUAAAGGCAAUUGGAAGAUUACUCAGAACAAAAACCGAGGGAGAAGAAUGGGAUGACGUGUUGAAAAGUGAGAUAUGGGAUUUAGAAAAUGCUGAUGCAAUUGUUCCAGCCCUAAGGCUAAGCUACCAUGAUCUCUCUGUUGAUUUGAAGCGCUUGUUUGCAUAUUGCUCUUUGUUCCCAAAGGACUUUAUGUUUGACAAGGAGGAGUUGAUAUUAUUAUGGAUAGCUGAAGGGUAUCUGAACGAGUCAACUGCAGACAAGUCACCAGAACGGUUGGGCCAGGAAUAUUUUGAGAAAUUGCUAUCAAGGUCCUUUUUUCAACCCGCACCUAAUGGUGAAUCGUUUUUUGUGAUGCAUGAUCUCAUGAACGAUUUGGCUGCAUUUGUUGCUGGAGAAUAUUUUUUAAGGUUUGAAAAUCAGACGGAGAUGGCAAUGGAAGCUUUAGCCAAGUACCGACAUAUGUCAUUUAUGCGUGAGCGCUAUGUAGGUUUCCAGAAGUUUGAGGCAUUUCAAAGAGCAAGAAGUUUGAGAACCCUGUUAGCUGUAUAUGUUGGGGUAGAACAAAGCUGGAACACGCUUUACAUAUCCAAUAAAAUUUUGGUUGACUUACUUCCUCAGCUACCACUGUUACGGGUUCUUUCUUUGAGGCGUUUUAACAUAAGUGAGGUGCCGGAUGCCAUCUGUAGUUUGAACCACUUGAGGUAUCUUAAUUUGUCUCGAACAAAUAUCUCAAAGUUACCUGAGAAUGUUGGUAAUCUUUACAAUUUACAAACAUUGAUCGUUUUUGGUUGUGAGAGCUUGAGUACAUUGCCUAUGUAG